UUUUGAUACCCGUCAUGCGCAACUGAGAAGAACACAUGCAUUUUUUUAACUGGAGCCCGUCUUCAGCCAAUCAGACGUCUUCUUCUUAAACAGCCAAUCACAAGGGCUGGGCUGUUUCGUUACGUCACUGCUGUGCGCCUUCAAGUCCGGCUGGAGAUUCCUUUUAGACUACAACGCAGUUCAUGCGGUUGUCGUGCGGUUGGUGUACAACAUGGAGAAGAGGUUCCAGGAGAUUUUCAAUUUUAUGUCUAGGGGUGAAUUCCCUAAUUUAUAGUGAAUCUCAGAAAUGUGCUUUAAGAAGAUAUAUGCAGAAGCUCAAACUGAAGGUCCCAAACAGAAGCACGAUCACUGUUUAAUGAAGUACACUCGGCUUCAAUUGGUGCACACACAGGCACUGUUAAAACCAGAUCCUCAAUGUACUCCAGAAAUUAUUGGGAUGGCAUGACGGUGGACAUUGACUGGUGGGUCUCUGAAUGCGACGGAUGUCAGAGGACUGGUAACUCUUUGGCUGUGUGUGACACAGCCAUUACAAAGCAUUAAGGUGUCUGCUGUUUGGGAGUUGGUUGGGAUAGACCUGACUGGGCCUCUCCCAAAAACCAAGGAUGGCUUUCAGUACAUUCUUACUGCCACCGAUUAUUUUUCCAAGUGUGUUGAGGCCUUUCCUUUAAAAAACAAAACAGCAUCAGAAGUGGCAUAACGUAUCUGCUCAAUUGUUUAUAGACACAGAUGCCCCCAAAGAAUCCUGUCCGACCAAGGAAGAGAAUUUGUCAAUUAGGAGUGUUACAGCUGCAUAUCAUCCUAAGACGAAUGGGCUGGAUGAGAGGACAAAUAGCAAACAUAAAACGGCAAGUUGUUGUUGGUGUUCUAAAAUGUAUAUCUAAUUGUACCCUUCUACUUCGUACAGCUCUUACAAAAUUGGUGAACGACCGACAGGAUUUGUUUGUUAAAUUACUGUGGGCUGCAGAGGAUCAAGGCAAGGUGGAGGCUGUCGUUGGACCGUAUAAAUUAUAUGACACAUCUUUUCAUACGCUAAAAGGCAACGGCUGGCUGUCUGAUGAAGAGCCCAUUCACCAACUCUCUGCUGUGGUAGCUGGGAGUCUGCUUUUGGGAAAAUUUCAGCCUGUUAGAAAGGUAAUCCAUUUCAUGCCAAUAUUUAGCUAUAUUAUUUUAACGCCAGUAACCCAAAAUAACAAUAAUUUGGUAUUGUAUGUUCUUCAGAGGAAAUUCCCUGUUGAAAAAAAAAGUGUAUUUGUCCUGUCCUGUCCUGUAUGCGCUCAUUGGAUUUUAGUGAUUGUCCACAUUUCUAAGAGAACACUGGUGAUCAACGAUCCCUUGAGUAACGAGGACAAAUAUGAGCAAAAUCUUGCGGAAUUGGAGGAACUUCUUGAGGUUGGCGGGCCGUGAGUUCCAAAUAGAAACUUGGACUACCAAAACUGUGGCCCAUAACAAGCAGCAGAACAACAGUAGCUGUGGGGUUUUCACAUUAAAGUUUGCGGAAGAGUAUAUGGCCAAUGGAGAUCUCAGGCACAACCAGACCCACCUUCCCGAAGUUCUGAAGGCUCGAGGAGAUCUAGCCUGUGCCCUCCUACAGGCUGGGAGUCUGAGAUGUCUAUUUAAAUUAAAAAAAUGUCUCAAAACUUA